GUCUAUGGCAGCUUAUGUCGUGCGACUCGCUCGUUCGAGUCAUCGAGUGCGAAUCCAAAGCGAACUCAUUCACAGUGUUGUGUGAGGUCUUUAGUUUUACCAAAAAGUGACUAACAAAUGCUGAUUUUUAUUAUUAAUCAGUGUUCGGAAUAAAUAUUUAUAACACAUUCAUUUCGGGUGCGUAGUGAUAUUGUUUUGCAUGACCAAGAGUUGAUCGACAACAAAUUGACGCAGUGCUUGGUACACAGAGCUCAUUUUCCAAUUACACAUUCAACUGGUACAACACCCGAGCGCCUGCUGUGUCAGGUGGAUGAUUUCGCCAUUGUAAUAUUUGCGAUGUAAAAUACAUAAAUAGUGAUUGCAAUCCGAGUGCUGACUCCGUACAUAAGUACCAGCACCAUGGACGACGACGGAGAUGAUAAAGAUGAUACGAAGAGGAGGACUCGCAACUUAAGCGAGAAGAAGCGGAGAGACCAGUUCAAUAUGCUGGUUAAUGAGCUUAGUGCUAUGGUUUCCACUAACAACAGGAAGAUGGACAAAUCAACUGUUCUCAAGUCCACUAUAUCAUUUUUGAAGAAUCAUAAUGAAAUUACUGUUAGAUCAAGAGCUCAUGAUGUACAAGAAGAUUGGAAACCGGCAUUCUUGUCUAAUGAAGAAUUUACAUAUUUAGUGUUGGAAGCCCUUGAAGGUUUUGUAAUGGUGUUCUCUGCUACUGGUCAAAUUUACUAUGUAUCAGAAAGCAUAACAUCAUUGCUGGGUCACAAUCCUGCUGAUGUAGUAAAUAAAAGCAUAUUUGACUUGGCGUGUGAAGAUGACCGGCCAAGCUUAUACAAUCUACUGCAGAAUCCUCGAACAGCAACGGACCCAAUGCACACCGUGGGUAAAGAUAACGAAAUACGUUUCCAGUGUCAUCUGAAAAGGGGAUCAUUGGAUUUUAGAGAUGAAACCACAUAUGAACUUGUACAAUUUAACGGUCAUUUUCGAACUAACAUGGAAUCGCUUGAUAAUGAUGACUUGCCAAAUUAUACACCAGACCAUGAGUCCAGGUUACUGUUCGUAUGUACGGGCCGACUGUACACACCGCAACUGAUACGCGACGUGUCACUAGUAGACUCGAGUCGCAGUGAGUUCACUUCGCGACAUAGUCUAGAAUGGAAAUUCCUGUUUCUGGACCACCGUGCUCCGCCUAUCAUUGGCUACUUGCCAUUCGAAGUACUCGGCACGUCGGGAUACGAUUACUACCACUUUGACGAUUUAGAAAAAGUUGUCACGUGCCACGAAGCUUUGAUGCAGAAAGGUGAAUUAACAUCGUGUUACUACCGAUUCCUUACAAAAGGGCAACAGUGGAUAUGGUUACAGACUCGGUUCUACAUUACGUAUCAUCAAUGGAAUUCAAAACCGGAGUUUGUAGUUUGCACUCAUCGAGUUGUAAGUUACGCUGAUAUUGCGAAGAGCAUGAAGCAGGAAGGUGCCGAGGCGGACACCGUGAGUGAAGCGGAGGUAAAUCGAGGAGUGAUGAAAGAGGCUCCGUCUGAUGACGCUAUGGUGUCCAUGUCACCCUCAUACAUGUCCGAGGCGAGCGAUGCUUUCGGCAACUCUUCAUAUCAACCGCUGUCACAAGUUAGUCCGGCUUCGGUGAAGUCAGCGUCGGCCGGCAGUACAACGGGCACGGUUGCGACGGCCGGCACGGUGGCGACGGCCGGCGCGUCGUGGACCCGCGCCUCGCACGUCCGGUUCACCGGCUCUGAUACCGCCUCGCUAUCCGGCGACUCACGCUCUUCACAGAGAAAUUCCAUGCGAGAGACGCACAAGAGCAGUGACUCGGCCCCGGCACCGCAGCACGGUAUCGGCGCGCAGUACUUAGACCCUGCGCCGUACGUGGGCGCAGUGGGCGCUGUGGGCGCGGUGGGCGCGGUGGGCGUGCCCGGAGUACUGCCGCUCUCCAUACCGCCGCUGCCCGUCAUCGUGUCGCCCGACCAGGCGCAGAUGCAGGAGCAGUUGCAACGAAAACACGAGGAGCUGCAACAAAUGAUAGUCAGGCAACAGGAAGAGCUGCGCCAGGUAAAGGAGCAACUGUUGCUAGCCAGGCUUGGCAUCCUCCAGCCGCUUAUAAACGUUCAGGGGCCGUACGUGCACCCGGAGGAUAUUCAGCAGAACCAGCGUAUUCCGGCACAAAUAGUUUACGAGGGCGGCAGUUCACGCGCCAUUACCGGCUACCCGCAGCAGCUGCCGCCGCACUCGGGCGCUCACCACCAACACAUGCCACAGUGAGCUGACCGAUCCACGACCUUAUUUAUAACCUAUACUCCGUUUGAAUACGUACUCAACUAAAGGUUAACAAUCUUGAUAGGACUUCUUUCCUAAAUAUUAUCGCCUAAUUCGCAAGAUGGCGCCCGAUUCUCAAAAGGGCCUCUAAGUAGUAAAAUGCCUAAUUCGUGAAAGGACUCAUUCGUGAAAGAACUAAUUCGUAAAAUGGCUAAUUCUCCAAAUCAGCAACUUUUACCAACCCAUGCCAUGAGUUAAGCCAUGAGCAUGCCAUGAGUUAAGCGUAUUUCACCCGAGCGUUUUUCUAAAUAAAAAGUCAUGUCAAGAUGGUUCACCUUUAGUUAAGUGCCUGGUCAAACGAAGUAUAGUUCAAGCGUACCAUACGUACACUAACUUGCCAAUUUGUUUACUAUAUUUACUAGUAUAAGGCCGGUUUCACUGGUUACCAAUAGUCACAGUUAUCUGAUAAAUAAUUUAUGCUAUCUGUCAGAUAAUAGCUCCUUAGUUGCCAGAUCCUGUGAAACCAAAAGUUAUAGUUUAUCUGUCAGAUCCUUCCUCCUUAUUCUUGAUAAGCUGUCAGCGACUUCAUGAGUAACCAGUGAAACUAGCCAUAAAUGUAAGGAAAGCGCAGCUGACGCCAUGUUCUUUAUUGUAUUAGAUAUGCUCGUUUGCAGCAAAACGUUAUAACUUUUUAUACCAAAACCUAAAAUAUUUACAUACAAACGUAUGCAUCAUACAUGCUCAGGCGCAUGGUAAGUUUCAAUGGAAACACGUUUAUUGAUUUAUAUAUUUUCUUGUUUCUUGUGUUAAAAGGCUGUGCAAUAUCUAACAAACUAUUUAACUUUAUGUAGAAAAUGUACAAGGUUAUAUGAAUUGAAGAUUAAGUUAUUAUUUUAAAGAAAUACAUUCUUAGUAGACACUAUAUUCAGUACAUAUUGUUUAAAACAAUUUUAUUGUAUUUUAGCUCUAUUACAGAAUCAAUAAACCAAAGUGUUAUUAUGUUUUAAUAUCUACACGUUAUUUGAUUCGGUACGUGCCAUUUAUCGCGUAUAUUUCAGGCGUUUCUCAGAACAUGUUUUUGUAAAAUAUAAUUUUACACUUUUUGAUCUCGUUGCUGAAUUUAGUGACUAAGUAAUUUUUUACGUUACGUUUUUGCGUUAUUGUGCUCACGAUCUACGAAUUUUAUUAUUGUCAGUUGGUGGUUUCUCAUACCUUACUUACAAUUAAUGUUUGCGGUAUCUAUUGUUAUAUAUUAAAACUUUUACGUAUUCACAUUAUGUUCUUUGGCUUUCUCUUUAUAUUAUUCUCGUUUUGUUACAUUUUAUAGAAUAAAAUAUAUUUUUAAGCGCACUUGCGCUUUCAAUUUGUUAUUGUUAUGCUUAGUAAUUGUUCUGUAUUAUUUAAACCGACAUGGCUAUUUAUGAAAACGGUUGACAGCAUGGCUACUUAGGAAUGUAAAAUGUAAUUUAAAAGUAUGUAAUCAUAAAUGUGCCCUUGUUUUAGUAAACCCAGGAUUUCAUCCGUGAAGUAGUAGUUAGGUCAAUGAUAAUCUGCAAGCCUCCAAGUUGUAUAAAUAGCCAUGUCGGUCUAUAUUAUCACAUUUGAUUUUAUUUGACAGAGUUUAUCGAAAAGCAAAUAUUUUAUUUUUGCUUCUUUGGCGUUAGUGGAAUGCGUUCUCGACAGCCGUGCGCACAGUAGGCACGGUACUGAGAAGAAGCCGUGAGAAGUUACCAUAGUGGCCAAAAUGCGCGCAAUUAAUGAAAAUAGUUGUAUUAUAAAAUGUAGGAAUGGACAACACCUGAAACUCAUGCGCUGCUACAUUUCAUUUAGUUAGAGCACUCUGUCGUGAUGGCUCCCGCAUUUCUUUUGUCGGGACAUCGAUUUAAACAAGUUGUAAUAGUGUAAAUUCUAGAUUGUAGAUCGCCAAAAUGCGUUAGCAUGUAUUUAUAUGAGAUGUGAUGUUGAUUCUAACUAAAUUAAUCAAGUGGCCAAUUAGGCGGGCGUGGGAUUCGUACAAAGUCGUGCAAAUUGAAGAGCUUCACAUGCUGAAUUUUAUCCGGAAUUGUGGCGUGGUUACCAGUUGUAGGCCUUUGUGUACCUCCAGUGGUUACCACGGCUAAAAGAUUUUUAUUACUAGACAUAAAAUUAAUACGCCAAACACUCGUAUUAACUGAAUUUUAUCAUCAUGCAUCUACAUUACUGCACACCAUGAUUGAAAAAAAAAAACUUUGCAUUUAUACAAACCAAACGAUACUUAUGCGAUUACAGCUACAGGUAUUCCAUGAUAUUGAACGUAUGGCUUUAGGUAGUCUCUUUUCUUUUGUCUAGUGUCAACAACAAGAUAGUAGAAGUCUUUAGUGCAGUGGGUCCUUAAUUUUCUUAUAUUUUGCCAGACCAAUCUUGUUCGGCAUGUGGAACUUUUCUUCGUCAUACAUAACGGCGGGUUGCGUCAAAAUUCAUGCGAUUUUUACAAAAUACUUUAACAUAUUACUCACGCUUGAUAUUUAAAAUUAACAAAAUCAUCAAACAAUGUGUACCUGUUACCUUUUAUUCAAUGUAGUGGUGAAGGAAACGUAAGUCGUUAAUAGUAAGACGUAAAGCAAAAAUCAACAAUUACGAACUUGUAACAUGAUAUUUUAAUGCAAUCGGCUGAAAAUGACUAAAAUUGUUGUAAUUGAUGUAAAUAUAGUUAGAAAAGAAUAUAAGUUAGCUAGUGUAAGUAUAUGUCAGUAGUGUACAUUAUGGGUGUAUGAUUCAAAAUACCAUUGACUACAAAGGCAAGGUAGAAACAUUGCUGUAGCAUGAAGGUGGUUCAAUUUAUAAGGUUUUGUUAACCCGUGAUUAUACUAUGUAGUGAGCAUAGACGCAUUGAAUUUACGUUCUUAAGUUCCCAUUUAACAUUAUAUAUAAACUCUUUUGCAAAAAAAACGGGCACCUAUGCGAAAUCUUAGUUUUAUGGACUUUACGUGUAUUUCAAAGGGUUUUAAUGAUUGUAGUAUGUUUCUAGCAUCAAAAGAGUUAGCCGAGCAUGCGUGAGAGUGUAUCCUAAAUUUGAAUUUUGUACAAUUGCUAAGAAAUUGGUUAAACCUUGUUUUGGACUAAUUGCUGGCAGAAAGUUCGUCGGUGUUUUGAAAAGUUUUUGAAGUGAUUUUCAAGAAAAUGAUAAUGCAGUUUUAAUUAAUGAUUAAUGUACUUUUUUGUAAGAUCAAAACAUUUUUGAAAAACUAUGCGUAUUUGAUAAAAUUUUCACCUGCUCUAAAUGGGCUAUGCUGAUGAUUGAUGGCUAUGUUAAGAGUUUCGGUAUUUUAGUGUAAAGCGUUCUAUUGUUUAGGUAUUGUACCCACGUGUUUUAAAAUAUCGCUUUUUCAUAAAUAAACACUAUUUAGAAGAGUAUCAGUACCUUUGGCUGCGACAAAACCAAUUUAAAGUAAGCAGUGCCGAUCACAACCCGUCUCCUAUCGGACUUUGACAUUUAAAAAAUACCAAAUUUUGUGAUAAAUGUUAAAAUUAACCACAUGAAAAAUGAUGAAGAGGGUUAAAGCUAUCUAAAAAGUCAAAUUAUUGCCCCGUUGAAGCUCUCGCUAACUCCAUAGGUAUCGGGUUACUAAACGACGAUUUAGCUGAAAGGGAGUCAAAAAUUCAAAAUUAUUGGCCAAACGUAUGUUUCUUAAGAAAUGAGCAGAUAGCCAAUUAUUGUUAUGAUUUAAGCAGGAAAGUGCUGCAGAUGCCAGAAAAUCUCAUUGUAGGCAAGUUUAUUUAAUGAAAUGACCGUGGGAUGAAAACACGCUAUUUGAACACUCAGACUCAUAGAUCUUCAGAGGUCUACGGAGUUUCCCAAGAGGCGAGGUUGUUUAAAAAUCAGCGGUUACGAGACCUUAAGACCUCGUGCUCACGGUCUAUGCGCUAUUUUCUGUAUUUAGUGGAAUUUAAAGACUUUUAAAAAUGUCAAAGUCCGAUAGGAGACGGGUUGUGAUCGGCACUGCUUACUUUAAAUUGGUUUUGUCGCAGCCAAAGGUACUGAUACUCUUCUAAAUAGUGUUUAUUUAUGAAAAAGCGAUAUUUUAAAACACGUGGGUACAAUACCUAAACAAUAGAACGCUUUACACUAAAAUACCGAAACUCUUAACAUUGCCAUCAAUCAUCAGCAUAGCCCAUUUAGAGCAGGUGAAAAUUUUAUCAAAUACGCAUAGUUUUUCAAAAAUGUUUUGAUCUAACAAAAAAGUACAUUAAUCAUUAAUUAAAACUGCAUUAUCAUUUUCUUGAAAAUCACUUCAAAAACUUUUCAAAACACCGACGAACUUUCUGCCAGCAAUUAGUCCAAAACAAGGUUUAACCAAUUUCUUAGCAAUUGUACAAAAUUCAAAUUUAGAAUACACUCUCACGCAUGCUCGGCUAACUCUUUUGAUGCUAGAAACAUACUACAAUCAUUAAAACCCUUUGAAAUACACGUAAAGUCCUUAAAACUAAGAUUUCGCAUAGGUGCCCGUUUUUUUUGCAAAAGAGUGUAUUUCAUAUCGGUUAAUUUAGUUUAUGCAGCAAAAUUAAGCAACUGUGUUCGGAUACCAUUGGUCAAUUAUAAAAUAUGCAGCUACCAUGAAUAUUUCCGAACUGUUGAGCGCGUCGCAAUUUUAGUUUACUUUUAAGUGACAAGAGAUGUUUCAUCAAUUUAUUUUUAGUUCUGGGUCUUAUUGGUCCGGUUAAAAUAUUCAUUAUAUAAUUUGUUAUUGAAUGAGAAACCCAUUGCAACAUAGUUAUACUUGUAGAGGUGUGUUAAGAAUAGCAUAAUUUAUUUGAUUCUUUGUAACUUAAAAUGUCGUCUAUCCAAUUUACAUAGCAAGAACACCUAAGAGGUAUUAUAGAUUAAAAGUCUACUAAACGAGUGAAAGUGAUUACCUAACAGAGGGUAUGUUACAGCGUCGCGCAGGUAGUGAUGGCAAGGUAAUAUGCAACACCCAUUUACUGUUUCCUUUCGCUGCCUUAGCUUUUAUUUUCUUAUUUGUUAAAGUACAAUUAUUUUGUUAAAAUCUUAUCACAAAUGCAUAGUGGAUAAUUGACACUAGUCGUUGCAAUUCAAUGUUGGGUUCGUCCACCCUAAGGCUGCGGUUCCACUGAGGCGGAGACGCGCGGAGCGGAGAGGAGACGUGUGGGGAUCGACCAAUCACAUUACAUGCAAAAGACGAGAUGUGGAUUUCAUGUAAUGUGAUUGGUCGAUCUCCACACGUGUCCUCUCCGCUCCGCGCGUCUCCGCCUCAGUGGAACCGCAGCCUAAGUGAGCAAUGACAUUGGCAGCGCAGUCCGCUGACGGGUGACACGAACACAGUGACAACUAAGUGCUUGCUCCCGCUGCUCGCCCGCUGCCGUUGUAAUUGCACACCAACUCAUGUUAUGCAGAUUUUGUUCCAAGUUCAUGUUCUUAUCCUUAUCACCUAGUGGUUAAGCAAGGGAAUAAAAAAUAUAACCAAAAUUAAAAGAUUUUUAAGAAUGUGCAUUAAAUACAAUACACACACUUUAUGUAACAUAAUUGUUUUUUACGUGUCUCUCAAUCAUUUUAUGAUCUAAUUCUUUGAUAUUAUUUCCCAUUACUGUAAAAAAUAAACAUAGAUGUAUAUACUUUUCUAUUAGCUAAUAUUGUUCGCAGUGUUAAAUGUUUUUAUAACAUUGCUUACGAUUGAGAAGAGCGCAGUGUUGUGGUACACGAACAAUAGCAGUUAGUAGUAAGCGCAACGUUUUAACAGAAGUAUGUUAUGUAAGUUAAAGAGUUGAUGGAGUUGGUACAUCUGUGUAUUUUACUGACUGCAACCGUUAGAGCAAGAUCCCAGAGCUCCAAAACAUAUUUUUGAAAGACAAAGCAAUGUCUGGGAGCUCUGGAAUUUGCCAACAGAAUGCCUCAACACUGCUCGUUCCUCGCUGUCAGCGGCUGUUUUUGUUGCUUAAGCUUUAUCUAACAUCGAUACAAUUGUACUACAUUUAAAAAGUUACAGGGUAUUGCCAAAAAGGGAAAGCAUCGUGAAGUGAUAUUGUGAGUUAGAUAAGUAGCCCAUUACUAUUGUGAGAGACGAUUAAUUGAAGAUAUUCAAAAUAAAACAAAAUAUGUAAUACAAA